UCUCCUCCACCGAAGCCGGCCACCAGGCGGCACCUUAGGCUGCUCUGCUCGCCCAUGGACUCCCCGGCGGCCCCAUCGAGGGGCCCCGCGAGCUUCCUCACGCAGGCCAACGCCCUCCUCCGCAAGAACCUCUGCUUCCAGAAGCGGAACCUGAAGACCAACAUCGGCAUCACGGUCUUCCCGGUGUUCCUCUGCGUCAUCCUCGUGGUGCUCCAGGGCGUCAUCGACCGGGAGCUCGACAAGCCCAAGUACCGGUGCGGCUGCGCCUGCGUCGACCCGGGCCCCGCCACGGUGGGGGCGGCGUGCCGCCGGACCGAGUGCGGCGUCCAGCACUCCACGCUGGACCAGGUCGGGAGCUGCCCAAUCCCCAGCCCGACCCCGUGGCCGGCGCUCGUGCAGCUGCCGCGGCCCGGGUCCCGCGCGGUCAGGACCGCCGGCCAGUCGUUCGAGGGAUUGCCUGACCCAGCCUGCCGGGACACCGGCUCCUGCCCCGCCGCCGUCCUCGUCACCGGCACCAACCGCUCGCUUGCUGAAAGUCUUUCGGGUGGACUGUUUCCUUCGACUUCCUCGUUCAAUUUCACGAAUUAUCUUGAUGCGCUCGCCAAGAUUGUCGCUGGUUCAGACACGUGGCCAUGGACAACACAGUUAAUAGAGCCGGUGUUUAUCCCAGGGAACAAGCUGUAUCUGGUACAACCUCAGUGUUUGUCCAAUUCAUCACAGACAGUUUCAUCCAAUGCUGGGCCCAUACCCCUUCAGCUCAACGCAGACUGCAUUCAGGGCUUGUCAUUAUGGCGUGAAAGUGCAUCGGCUGUAAAUGAUGAACUAUUUAAGGGUUACAGACAAAAAGGUGGAGGUAGUGGAGAAGGAAAGACAAAUGAAUUCGUUGCAGGUUAUGAUUUCCUAAACACAAAUAGAAAUGGUCUUGAAAUGAACAUUUGGUACAACUCUACCUAUAACAACAACACUGCUAUUGUACCUAUCGCAUUGCUACGAGUUCCACGGUUGGUUAACAUGGCAUCCAAUGCGUACAUCAAAUUUCUUAGAGGAAGCGGAGUGGACAUGUUGCUCGAAUAUAUUAAAGAGAUGCCCAAAGUUGGAACGGAACUGAAAUUUGACCUCUCUUCUCUUCUUGGUGCUCUGUUCUUCACAUGGAUAGUUGAACUAUUAUUUCCGGUCAUAUUAACCUAUCUCGUGUAUGAGAAGCAACAGAAGCUGAAAAUUAUGAUGAAGAUGCAUGGUUUGAAGGAUGGUCCUUACUGGCUUAUCUCUUAUGGCUACUUCUUUGCUCUGUCGGCUGCCUACAUGAUACUAUUUGUGAUUUUUGGCUCCUUGAUUGGUCUAAAGUUCUUUAAAUUAAAUAACUACAGCAUUCAAUUUGUCUUCUACUUCAUCUACAUAAAUCUGCAGAUUGCACUCGCAUUUUUUGUAGCUUCCUUCUUUUCUUCUGUGAAAAUAGCCACAGUGGUCGGAUACAUCUAUGUAUUUGGCUCUGGCUUGCUGGGGGCUUUUCUUCUUCGCUUUUUUGUAGAGGACAAUGGUUUUCCGAAGGGUUGGAUAGUUGUGAUGGAGAUCAUCCCUGGAUUUUCAUUAUACCGAGGGUUAUACGAAUUUGGUCAAUAUGCAUUCUCUGGAAAUUCAAUGGGUACCAAGGGUAUGGAAUGGUCUAAUUUAGAUGACUCUGUUAAUGGAAUGCGUGGUGUCUUGAUUAUUAUGGUUGUGGAGUGGGUGGUAUUGCUCCCAUUGGCAUUCUACGUGGAUCAAGUCUCAUCACUGGGCGGUGGAUUCCCGAAAAACUCCUUCUCCUUGAAGUGCUUUAAGAAGCGUGCUGCUUCAUUGCGGAGAUUUAGCUUCCGGAGACAAGGAUCUAAAGUAGUUGUUGAAAUGGAUAAUCCUGAUUCUUCUCAAGAAAGAGAGGUAGUUGAGCAACUUCUGCUGGAACCCAUUGCAAACCAACCGAUCAUCUGUGAUAACCUCAAGAAGGUUUACCAUGGAAGAGAUGGAAACCCUGACAAAGUUGCAGUCAGAGGUUUGUCUCUUGCCCUACCGAAAGGCCAGUGUUUUGGAAUGCUUGGUCCGAAUGGAGCUGGGAAAACAUCCUUCAUCAGUAUGAUGAUUGGACUUAUUCCACCAACAUCUGGCACUGCCUAUAUACAUGGGAUGGAUAUAAGGAGUGACAUGGAUGCCAUCUAUACUAACAUGGGUGUAUGCCCACAGCAUGACUUACUUUGGGAAACAUUGACGGGAAGAGAGCAUCUAUUGUUUUAUGGGAGACUAAAGAAUCUUAAAGGCACUGAAUUGUUAAAGGCUGUUGAUGACUCUCUGAAGAGUGUUAAUCUGUUCCAUGGUGGUGUUGGUGAUAAGCAAGUGGGGAAGUACAGUGGGGGCAUGAAACGAAGGCUUAGUGUUGCUAUCUCAUUAAUUGGGGAUCCGAAAGUUGUUUUCAUGGAUGAGCCGAGCACUGGACUGGAUCCAGCAUCAAGAAACAACCUGUGGAGUGUUGUGAAGGAGGCUAAGAAAAACCGUGCCAUCAUUCUUACAACACACUCAAUGGAGGAAGCAGAAGUACUAUGUGAUAGACUCGGCAUAUUUGUUGAUGGUGGUUUCCAAUGCAUUGGUAACCCGAAAGAGCUGAAAGGUAGAUAUGGUGGCACCUACGUGCUCACAAUGACAACUUCUUCAGAGAAUGAGCAGGAGGUUGAACAGCUGGUUCGUCGUUUAUCACCAAAUGCGAGCAGGAUAUACCAUAUAUCAGGAACCCAGAAAUUUGAGCUACCAAAACAGGAGUUGAAGAUUGCAGAUGUAUUCCAUGCCGUUGAGAGUGCCAAAAGCCGGUUCAGCAUAUAUGCUUGGGGACUGGUAGACACCACCUUGGAGGAUGUCUUCAUCAAGGUUGCCAAGGGUGCACAAGCCUUCAGUGUGGUCGCAUAAGUAGUACACUGGUUGUAUAGGUGAUUAUGCUCUUCCUUGUUGAGUACCAUGUGGUGUAUAUAUAGCUUGUUUGAAUUUUAAUUUUACUCUUAUUUAAGGAUGGUGCUUGAGGUGUAUAUUUAGUAUAGUUAGGUUGUAUAGUCUACAAGUUGAAUUUGAUGCUAUUGCUUAUCAAAUACAGAUGUACCCUGUUCAUACUAUCUAAUAUUUACAAUGUUAUAAAUCAUGAUCUACCAAAGAUGUAGAGGAAUGCAGAGAA